GAUCUGCAAGAGCAACAACAAAAAAAAAAAAAAAAAAAAGAAGGAAAGAAAGAAAGAAAUAAACCCUGAUAUCACAAAGUAGCUAGAUUGCAAACAAUGGCAAAAAAUCCUUCAGCAUACUUGCUCUUCCUUGCCAUCUUGGUUCUUGCCACAGCCACAUCCUCAUCAGCUCAGAUCUUGCCUCCCUUUUCUACCUUGCCUCCCGUGCUUCAAAAUUCCACUAACGUAGCUCAAGUUCAGGCUCUUGGCGUCCUUUCUUGCACGGUCACCGGGACUCCUAUUCCCUUUGUCCCCAGCCCACCUGUGGUUGGUGCUCUUGUCAACUUGUCCUGCGAUGGAGGCAGGACCACUCUCGCACAAGCCGUCACCAACACCGCCGGUUUUUACAACGUCACUCUCAACGUGGUUCAGGGCCUUCUCUUUAACACAACAGACUGUGCCCUCUUUGUCGGCCUCCCGCUCGUCAACUGCACUAUUUUCCCUCCCCGUGGAGUACUUAGAAUCCCUCUUGGCGUUCUUACCAUUGUCCCUGGACUGCUUGGCAAUGUUCUUGUAUUGAUUGGACAAAUUUUCAGGGUGAUUGGUGUGUAAUGCUUAUAUUAAAAAAAAACUAUAUCUAUAUAUAUAUAUAUACAUACACACACACUAAUAUAUGUAUGUUUUCUUUCUUCUCACAUGAACAUGCAGAUCGUUAAUGGUAUUUAUAUAAUACCUAGCCUAUAGCUAUGGUAAAUAACCGUUAACGACUGUAUAUACUACUAAAUAAAGGAGAAGAAUUGUGUUGUUUGCUUUGUCUUCCUUA